AUGAUCCGUACCACUGCAGCCUCUGUCUCCAAGAUCCGCGACUUGUUGAUGGCAUCCAUGGUUUCUGAUCUUUGGGUAUCGUCCUCGACCUUGGAGCCUGAGGAAACGGUCAGCACCUUGAUUUUCGUCUGCGGAGACUUGAACUGGUCGUUGACGGAAAACACAUCCUCUGGAUUGACGUCCUUGGACAUUGGCGUCUUCUUCAGCAACCGCGUGCGCGAGGCGACAGAAAUCGACUGCAGGUGCCUUAUGAGAUCCGGUUUCGGAAUUCUGGUUAUGUUGUAG